AUGAUGCAAGAUUCUCUGUGUGGAACAAAGGCGCUCAUCGAUCCAAAAGCCGAGAUCUUCGAGCUGGAUGAUGCUUGUCUCCUCCAGUCCCCGGAUUCGUCAUGGAUGGAUCUCAUGGACGAUCUUCUCGAGCCCGAGAGCCUCCACCAGAUUCUCCCAGAGAGAAGUUUCGAGCAGCUUGGCUUUGACGAGGAGGUGAUCAAGCCGCCACCAUCGUCCGGAGAUGAUCUAGCAUCGAUCGUCGGAAGAACAGCCACACCACCACCAUUGCCACCGAAGUAUGAUCGCAUCUCUGCUGCUGGAUCGUCCAGUUCCUCGCCAUCGCAAGAACACUUUGGUAAUUACAGCGCGGAAUUCGAGCCUUUGUUCCGCGAGCCCAUGUUUAGCAGCGACUCGGGGCUGCUCCAUAAAGUUCCCAGUGCUCCUCACUUGGAGAGAUCCUUCGACACUGCUGCGAGCUCAGGUAAACACCUCCUCCAAUCCUCUCGGAAGAAUGCAAAAACCAGAUUUUGGCUUGCUAAAUCCUCUCUACAGACUGUUCACGUCGGUGGGCUUCAGCUGAUCCACAUGCUGCUCGGCUGCGGCGAGAAAAUCGACCAAGAAGACUACAUCUACGCUGGAAACCUCCUCCACCAACUCAAGCAGCUCGCCUCUCCAACCGGCGAUUCCAUCCACCGAGUCGCAACUCACUUCACGGACGCUCUUUACGCUCGUCUCAACGGAACCGGCUAUCGAUCCUACACUGCCCUGCGAGCCUACGAUCCAGCAUCCCUGGAAGAAAUCCUGGGAGCUUACCACAUCCUCUACCAAGUCUGCCCCUACAUCAAGUUCGCGCACUUCACCUCAAACCAGGCGAUCUUCGAAGCUUUCGAGGGCGAGCAAAGCGUCCAUAUCAUCGACCUGGAGAUCUUGCAGGGUUAUCAGUGGCCAGCCUUCAUGCAAGCACUCGCAGCCAGGCAAGGAGGAGCUCCACACUUGAGAAUCACGGGCGUGGGAAUGCCGCUCGAGGCCGUCCAAGAAACUGGGAAGCGACUAGCCGACUUAGCCGCGACUCUACGCGUCCCGUUCGAGUAUCACGCCGUCGGGGAGAGGCUCGAGGACUUGCAGUCUCAUAUGUUACACCGGAGACACGGCGAGGCACUGGCAGUGAACUGCAUCGAUCGAUUCCACAGGCUUUUCACCGACGACCAUCUAGUCGUGAAUCCGGUGGUGCGAAUCCUCAGCAUGAUACGCGAGCAAGCGCCGAGGAUCGUGACGCUGGUCGAGCAGGAGGCGAGCCACAACACGAACUCGUUCCUCAAGAGGUUUCUCGAGGCGAUGCAUUACUACUCGGCGAUCUUCGACUCGCUCGAGGCGACGCUGCCGCAGGUGAGCCCCGAGAGAGCCAAGGUGGAGCAAGUGGUGUUCUCGUCCGAGAUCAUGAACAUUGUGGCUUGCGAGGGGAGCCAGAGGAUCGUGAGGCACGAGAAGGUGGACAAGUGGUGUAAGAUCAUGGAGAGCAUUGGCUUCUACAACGUAGCACUCAGUCCCAGUGCUGUUCAUCAGUCCAAGCUUCUGCUCAGGCUCUACCAGACGGAUGGAUACACGCUUGUGGAGGACAAGGGCUGCUUGUUACUCGGGUGGCAAGACCGAGCGAUCAUUGGAGCGUCGGCAUGGAGGUGCUAGAGAGGUGCUAGAGAGGUGCUAGAUCAGAGAAAGAACCAAGCAAAAACGAGAAAACACAGCCUUAGAACCAUUCUUAGUGGAUGUUCAAUCGAAAACACCCACACUAGAGAUAGAGAGGCAUUUGGAUCGAGCAUUCAA